GUUUACUAAGUCUACUGUCAGGGUGCCGUUUUCAACCCCCCUUGAACCACUAAGUCACCCUCGCGUUCUGCGCGUCGCAAGCCCCUCAACGAGACCGAAUCUGAGACCCGCUACUUUUUCCAUUACAUUAGUUUUCGCUCGUCUACGAUCGCACGAGUGUCAGGAGAAUUCAUCGUUGAUAAUCCGCAAUAUCAGAGCCACCACGCCGCGAAUUCCGCGUCCCGUUUUAUGCGCAAGACGAAAGUUAUUGAUUCUCAUUGCGAACGGACGGUGCUAAUUCGACGAGCUCACUCGGAGCACACCUGGUCGUCCUGAUCGCCAAGGACUGUUUAAAGUGCUAGUACAAUCUACAUUAGUUCUCAAAAGCCAAGAUGCAGUUCGGACUGUUGAAGCACUGCAUGCAUUGCUUCAAUCUGAUGCAGGGUACAAUAGUAAUUGCAAUAUUCGAAAUGUUAUUAUCCGGAUUUGGUAUAAUAUUCUUCAUUCUGGGUGUGACGCAUACGUUGGGGAUUCAAGAACUGUUGGCGAGAGAUACCGAAGAUGCCCUCGAAAGGGAGGCCUUGGAGGAGAUAUCAUCGUUCCAUCUUAACAAAGAAAAGUUGGAAAUGGCGCAUCACACCGCAAACGAACUGGAAUACACAAUGUAUUGCGGCCUAUUCAUCUCAAUUAUGCACUUCCUCUCUUGCAUGUCACUUCUCUAUGGAGCUCUGACGAACAAUCGUCAUUUUAUGCUACCAUGGAUGAUAGUCGAGAUCACUAUUAUAUCAGCAUUAUCGAUCUCAUUAUUCCUGGUAGAGGCGGAUUGCCCUUUCCUUGCUAGUCUAGGCGGAAAAGCUGAUAUUUGUGAACGUCUAAUCAUCUUUUCCCUGAUAGUCAUAAGCUUUUAUCUCUGGUUCGUGGUAUAUAGUACUUACAAAAACCUCGAGACGAAGAAAGGACUUAAGCAUGAAGUGCACACUGUGAAAAAGAAGUACGCUUUACCGACCACGCUGGAUGUAUCAAAAUCGGUCCAGAUUGUGAUAAACACACCUUACGAAAUUUGAAAGUAUUAUGAGAUAGCAAUGGAAAAUUUCUUUGUUGAUGUGCAGUUUUACAGGAAAAUUACGAAAAUGAGGAAAUCUCAUAAUUUACCCCGUAAAACCACAAAAUUCAAUUACCACAAGAUCUCAGUCAGUGACAUAGAUGCAUUUUGAAAAAUCAUGUGCUUUCGGACAUGUCUAGAAAUCGGGAUGGCAAUUUAGAGAUGAUUAUAAUUGUGAAAUAAAGUACAUCUCGACAACGAAAUAAUUGAUUGCGAGCUGACAGAAGAUAAUAAACACGUGUAUCACACGUUAAAUAAAAUAAACAAGAAAAUCCUAUGUAAAGCUCAAGAUCUGCAAGGAACGCGUUUCUCAUAUUUGAAUGUUCCUUCUUAUUUUCUUUUGUUAGUUGCAUAUUCCUUUAUGUUCGCGCAUUAAGAUGAUUCUUUAAUGCAACGCACAGAUACUAGUAUUUACUGCACGGAAAGAACGGUUUUGUUAAAGUAUUUAAAUAUUUAGUUAAAUACAGAUCUAAAAAUAAUUUUUUUAAAUCAAAAUAAUUACGAGGCAUCUAAGCUGAUUGUUCAAAUGUCAAAACUUUUUAUAAUUGCCUAUUAUAUAAUACUUGAGUGUCUUAUACAUAAUUAUCUUAAUGGUACAACACAUUAUUUUCAGGUUUGUAUUUAGUUAAGCUUUUAAAUAUUGCAACAAAUCGUUCUUUCUAUGCACCAUAUUCUUACGUGUGACAUACAUUUUGGAUUUCCAUCUGUCGAGAUUGUAAUAGAUAAAAAUUCUACAAUUCCAAAAAUAA